AUGGACGCGGAGUGAUGACGCACUUCCUGUGUAUACCGGAAUUGUCAGUGAGAAGGAUGGCGGAGCUCCGGGAGCUGCAGGGCCGGGUACAGGAGCUGGAGCAGCGGCUGUACGGGGAGAGCGGGGCACAGGCGCGGAAGAUCACCGAUGGGUUAAUAAAAGUCCAGGUCUCCCUGGGGAACAUCGCCAGCAAGAGGGAGCGAGUGAAGACCCUGUACAAGAAAAUUGAUGAUCUGAUGAAAUACCUGGACCCCCAAUACAUCGACAGGACCGCCAUCCCGGACGCCAUGAAGCUGGAGGUCAUCCUGGCAGAGGAGCAGUACAUCCUGUCCCAGGCCGCCCUGCUGGAGCAGCUCCAUUCCCUGCAGCCCCUGCUGGACAGCGAGCACAUCAAAGCGGUGCCGACGCAGGCGUCCAGACUACAGACUCUGGCCCAGGUCCACAUCAAGCAACAGGACCAGUGCGAGGAGGUGACGGCCGAGACCAAGAAACUCCUGGACGAAUACAACAGAAUGACCGUCCUCCUCUCCAAGCAGUUUGUGAUGUGGGACGAGAUUCUUUCUCAGCUUGAAGACGCUAAACAGUUGAAGCCGCGCUCGGAGUGAUCCCGGUGUCCGCCGUACGUGAUCCGCACCUACACAGCAUCAGCCGCCGCCAUUAUCUGUCCUCGUCCUCUUUCGCUAUUAGUAGCGGCGCCGCUGAUCUAUGCCGGGACGCGCCUCCUGCAGCCUCUGUAUUAUCCUAGUCUGGGUGUGAUGCUCUGUAUAGACCAGAAGGGGGCACCAUCACGGGAUCACAAUGUCACAGCUCCCCCACGUGAUCAGUGCGGUAUUGCAACUAGACUCCAUUCACUUCACUUAAACUAAACUGCAAUCCCACACACAGCCUGAUGACAAGAGUGGCACUCUUUUUGGAAGAAAGCAGCUAUGUCAGUGUUUUCCCAAGAGUGUGCCUCCAGCUGUUGCAAAACUACAACUCCCAGCAUGCCCGGACAGCCGAAGGCUGUCCGGCCAUGCUGGGAGUUGUAGUUUUGCAACAGCUGGAGACACACUUUUUGGAAAACACUGAGCUAUGUCCUUCUAUGUCCCGGUCUCGCUGCAGCUUUGGCUGUGUGUGCUGUCUCAUCUGUUUUAGUCCUAAUAAAACUAAUACAUUUUACAAGUUAUAUUAGUUUGUCCUCUGACCCGUAAUAUUUAUAUCCCGGGAUCUGCCAUCACUGGGGGGCGCUGCUGUUACCCUGUCCUUGUCUUCAUCUUCGGAGGAGUCAUGUGACCUCUUUAUUUAUCUUUUCCCCCCAUUGAUUCCUAUUAAAGGUUUAUAUCCGGAUUGCAA